CUUUCUUUGUUACACGAGCUUUUCACGCCCACGCGACGACGAGGGACGAGGACAAAGACAGCGACGAACGCAGCGCGCUUGCUUGCCAUCCCUCCCACCUCGCGACUUGCAUAUUUUCUUCUUCACUUUCGAUAGUCCCAUCGACCGUUUCAAGCUGAAUUUGGAGCCAUAGCCAUCUCGAGAUUCACCCUCCCUCUGCCUCUCGCCCUGACCUCCUCGACAUUCUCCUACAUGACAUGACAAUCCUCCGAUGUUGAUCGAUCAUUCUUGCGCCCAUGUCUGCGCCGCCGUCCACCCGCGGACAACGCGGUGGCAGCUCGACCAGAGGCGGACGAGGGACUCCGUCUCAAUCGACCCGAGGGCGCGGUAGCACUCGCGGAUCUACCACUGUGAGAGGACGAGGCAGAGGCGCAGGCGCAAAUGUGGGUGCUUCAAAUACCAAUGGCGAAGGGUUACUGCAGCGACUACGUGCGGGAACUGUCAAAAGAGGCGAUGACAAUGGACCGUCUGGGCCAGGGAGAGGACGCGGUGGUGGUGGUACUGGAAAUGCAAUGCCCUCUACCGCCGGCUCUCGAGGACGUGGCCGCGGAUUCGCGAACUUGUCGCAGACAUUCAACACACCCAAAUCCCAAACGUCAAAACCUGGCUCUCGAGCGGCUUCCCCUGCACCUGCCUCCCACCGGGACUUUAUGAAUUUGGCCUAUAACAAAUUUCAAGCGCUCAAGCAAAGCCGAGAAGAGGAAAGGGCCAAAGCAAUUCGCGAUGGCUUUCUCGCCGAUCCGGAGAAGAAGACCAGCCUGGAUAAAGCCAUCACCCCGGUCGGAACCUGCACGGAGAUGUGCCCAGAAUUCGAAAGAGUGGAGCGGAUAGUGCAGAACAUGGUUGACAAGGCAGAGAAGGUGCGCAACGAAGAAACAGGCAAGGACAUUCCCGCAGAAGAUCGCAUGGUCAAACGCUUUCGCCGGUCUGCUGCUGGGUACGACGAGCAACUGCCCUCCGAUAUCCGAACCCCCGAGACUCUGGAACGUACGUUGGACUACCUCCUCGACAAAGUCAUUGGUGGUGGUGAACGAUUGGCAACCGUCCACAAAUUUGUCUGGGAUCGAACGCGAGGAAUCCGCAACGACUUCUCAAUCCAACAAGUCACCAAUGUGCAGGACGUCAAGCUUGCCGUUGACUGUUUCGAGCGAAUAGCAAGAUUCCAUAUACUGUCGUUGCACCAGUUGUCAAACCCUGACAAUCUGCUGGAGGGAGAGAACUUUGACACCUACCAAGAGAGAGAGCAGCUGAACAACACCCUCCUAUCUCUGGUCUACUAUUACGAUGAUCAUCGAGGGCGUAUUGACUUUCCCAACGAAGCAGAGUUUCGCGCUUAUCUCGUGAUCUUUGAAAUCCAGGCUCCCGAAAGACCGGACUUGGAAGACCGCAUGCAAUCAUGGCCUAGGGGUCUUCUCAGAGACAAGAGAGUCCAGACGGCACUGAAGCUGUACAGGGCGGCAGGCAACUCCCUACUCGGCCAGGGGCCUCUUCAACCAUGGGAGCCUUUCGCCGUAGCUCAGGGGAAAACGGGAAGCUUUUGGAACCUUCUCGCCUCUGAUGCGGUGCCCUACAUCAUGGCAUGCCUCGCUGAGAUAUAUUUCGCCGAAGUGCGUUUUGCUGGCUUGGAUGCGCUGUGGCGCUCGUGCAAGAAGGGCCCUCUGGCACAACAAGCAAAGUCGAGGGAUUGGACACUGGGUGAAGUAACAAACUUCCUUGGGUUUGAUUCCGACGACGAGACCAAUGACUUCUGCGCCGCUUUCGAUCUCUACUUCGCCACAGAUGAUAGUGGCGAGGAGUAUCUGGAUGCGACGGCAAAUAGUGCUCAAUCGCUCGACCCAUCCUCGAUACCGCGGCGCCAGGUUUUUUCGCACAGUUACGUGGAGAGGAAGCGGUACCACCGAACACUGACCGCCGUCAUCAACGGGGCAACCGUCGCAGAAGCAAUUCGUCAUGGCUGGGUUGAGUCUGAAGAGGAGGAUGCCCGCCCUAUAGAUGAUACCAGGGAUGAUGAUCAAGGCAUGUUCGUUCCCGAGACGAAAGCAACAUCCACCUCUGCAACUUCCUCGUUCUCAGGGCCUUCACUCAACCCACAAGCUGCCUCCUUUACACCGACAUUCGGCCAAAGCACGGCCUCGUCAAGCUGGACGAAGCCAACGGAGUUUGCUGGAUUUGGUCCGUCCAGUCCAUUCAAUGCUGCUGCCUCUGUCAAGUCGACAGAUGCGUCUCCAUUUGGCAAGCCUCUGAAAACUGGCGGUUUCGGAUCAUUCGAUCCAUCAAAAUCGACCGAUUCGACUGGCACCUUUGCCAAGUCGACUCUUGCUCAGCCUCAGCAAGCUUCGACCUUCGGCUUUGCUGGAUUCACAACAUCAACAACACCAUCUUCCUCAACGUUCGGAUCGCCCGCACUAGCACAGAAAGAAAACAAGCCCUUCAGCUUUGGCGGAUUCACUGCCAAGGUUCCGGAGGAACCUACUCGCUCUCAAGGUAACGAGCCUGUCGCGCCCGCGUCUACGUUCAACUUUGGCAAACAACCCUUCGCCCUUUCGGCGUCCGCGGCCUCAUCGGUAACUCCUCUUGCGGCCGUCUUUGGGGAACCGCCAACACCACAAUCAACUGUUCCUGCCACGUCACAGGCGGGUCAAGUGAACGCCCCAACGACAGCUCCAUCGUCAACACCCUUUCAAUUCGCUUCCCUCACGCCAUCAUCUUCUACUUCUGCAACGUCUGAGCAGGUCACUGGAGGCUCAACUGCCCCAUCAUUUUUCACAUCGAACGAGAAACCUACAACUCAUCCAGAGGCCGCCCAGGCAACGUCGGAGUUGGAGAAGCGCUCGCCAUCGACCACAACUCCAGUGGUUUCGUCUCCAGAACUGGUCCCAAGUCCCUUCUUCAACCCAAGUACCGCUGGCUCUUUCCAGGUCCAACCUGCAUCAACCACUGAACCUGUUUCGAAACCUACUUUAGAAAAGUUUACUUUCUCUCCUGCGACAACUUCGCCCACGACCUCUGGAACUCAGCAACCAGGCUUCCAACUUGAUAAAAUAAAACCCACUUCGAGCCCAGCCUUCGAAGAGCCUCCUCGUCGCAGCACAACUCCUCCACACUCUCCUCGUCAGUCUCUAGCCAAGCCGGUCUUUACCCAAGCAGACCGGAGCAAGCUUGCAGAGAACGUCGCCAGAAUUGCUUUGACACAACAGAGGGGAUUGCUUAACAGCUACCUAGAUUUCACACUACGUGACCUUGUGACAACCGCCUUCAAUCAACAUCGGCUAGAAGCUCGCGAUGCAGCUAUUGCAUCUGUUCGUGAACGUAUCCUUGCGCGCAAGUUUGGAUAUCUCUGGCGAACACGCGCCUGGACCAGUGCCCUGAACCGACGGGCGAAAACCAGACGCCAGCUAUUUGCGGAGACAGUCAGAACUGAACAGGCAAGAAAACAAAGAACAGAGGAGGAACUCGAGGAGAUACUGAGGGCAACAAAGGAAACAAAACGUCUUCAAAGAGAGGUCCAGCAGGCUGUCGGAGCAGGAAAAUCCAUGACUGCCCUGCAAAACGGUGCACAAGUCGGCAACGUUGCUGGAAGAAAGCGCAAAAGCUUCUCUGGUGCAAACCCCACAGCUCAUGGGACACCGUCGGUUUCUGGACAUAAAAGGUCGAAAACGAUGAGUGUUUCUUCAGAUCCCUCAGCCUCUACAACGAGCCAAAGGCCACCCGUCCCUGCUUUCAGGACAUCCACUACCAGGCCGCAUCAACAUGUCUCCAUCUUUUCGCGCACAUCUACACUCAGUCCAUCAGCAUUGGCUCAGAAACUCGAUACUACACGCACCGAUUAUUUCAGGCUUAAAGCUAUGGGUGUCGACCCCGAGACACCGAUCAUCCCCGACACCCAGCAAACGCUAGCUAUUCGAAGACAAAGAGAAGCAGAAGAGAGACAAGCAAGUCUUAAGAGAGCAAACCGGCGCAUGAGAAGCUCUCUUUCCUCUGCCCAAAGCUCCCCUGCGCCAACGCAGCCACCUGCGGUUACUGAUACUCGGACGUCAGAUGCGAAACCAUUACCGCACCAGAUGGCCCCUCUGCCUCCAGUUGAAGAUGAUUUCCUGAUGCAAAUCAGGCAAGCACGUGAAGCAAUGGUAGAAGAGAUCGAAUGGUUCAAACAGCAAUCCGUGUCACUGGAGAAGGAAAUCGAACAAGAAGAAGAGUUCCAAAGAAGCCAAAGCAGUCGUGACCACGGUAGCCCUAGCUCGGCAAGUGGUAUGCUAAGAGUCAACGGUUAUGAAUACCUACCGGGAGCAAACAAACCAGGUUCAAGUCUGUCGCGGACCGAGCGGCGUAUUCGAGAAACUGGUGCCCACGGACUAGCCACGAAGCCUCUGCGAACGAGCUCGCAGUAUGUGCCUGUUGCAAUGUCGAAGAAAAGUGCACGUGAAUACUCCAGAGGGUUAAGUAUCUCGAGUCCGGGGAGGAAACGUGCGCACGAUGAUGUGGACAAAGUGCCUCAUGACAAGAUAACGAACCGGAGCUCCAGCAGUCUACCUGCUUCCAAACGCCCUCGAGCCGCACCUUAUAAGACCAUAGACCCGACCGUGGGCCGUUCGAAGCCAAACCAUAUCGCCAGAACCCAAGGCAACAAUUCUUUCGAUCUGCUCCAGUCGCCCCCAACCGACGACCAAGGCAGAGCAGAUGACGAUAGCGAAGGAGGCGACCAUGAUCAGGACGAGCUGUACGAUGAAGAAGGGGAUCUCUCUGGACAUGAUCCUCUCCAGGAUGCACGCAAUGGGACUUAUGCAUACGAUGAAGAUGAAGAGUUGGAGGAAGAGGAACAAGAAAACAGAUACCACCUUGGACAAGCAAAUGGAGAAGGGGAGCACGAAGACGAGACUGAGGAGGAAGACGAGGACGACGACCUCGAGGACUACGACAAGGAAGAAGACGAAGAGGACGAAGAAGAAGAGGACGAAGAAGAAGAGGACGAAGAAGAGGAAGAAGAAGAAGAAGACGAAGAAGAGGAAGAAGAAGAAGAAGACGACAGGCAAUAUACUUAUUCAGCGUAUCUCCAAGCGCGCCAGGACGAAUAUGACGACGGCGAAACACCCCUGACGAAUCCCCAGCUUAGCCGCGCCGCCAGCAGCGCCCCUGGUGGCAGUGUGGACGAUGCGCUGGUUCUGAGCGACAGUGACUGAGCGGAUCCCGAACAUGUCGGCGUCGUCAAGGUUCGACACAGCAAUCUAUCGGUCGGUAUGUGUGGGAUCCAUAGCUAUGUAGCUAGCUCCCGGUCCCUUCUUCGCGGGCUUUGCAGGGGGGAUUACAUUUGGGAACUUGAGGACGGGAAAGGCAAGGCGGUGGACAAGCCGAGUCGUCAAAAUGCAUUCCAGGACUUCUCUUCUCCUUCUUUGCUCUUCUCUCUUCUCUCCUUGCGAGUGAGUGAGAGUUGCAUAGGAACAAAGCAGAAACGGCAACGGCAACGGCAACGGCAACAAUGGCAACACAAACCUACCCCCAUCGAUCUACGUGGGCGAUUAAAGUUAGAGAUCAACAAUAGUACCUACCAGCUUGGCUCAUCUGUG